UUAUUCCUGGAAGUAAAUAAAAUUUUCAAGUUUGUGUCUAGGUUGUUGUUAUUGGGUAGGGACUAAGUUAUACAGUUAAUUACUUUUUUUUUAUUUCCGCGUAACAAUGGCUUCAAAGUUGUUUUCAUCUAUGAUUAAUCAUCUGAAAAGCAAAGAAUUCCGGACUUAUCUAUCCAGUACUCACUUCUGGGGACCUGUUGCUAAUUGGGGAAUACCGCUUGCUGCUAUAGCAGAUAUUAAAAAGGAUCCAAGUAUAAUUAGUGGCAAGAUGACUUUAGCAUUGUGUAUAUAUUCACUCCUUUUUAUGAGAUUUGCUUGGAAAGUACAACCUAGAAAUAUGCUGUUAUUUGCUUGCCAUUUUACAAAUGAAGCAGCUCAAAUAACUCAAGGUUGUAGACUUGUAAAGCAUGAGUAUCUUACUUCAUCUUCUUAAGCAAUGAUAUUUAGGCUAAUUAGGAAAUUCUUGUUAUUUACACCUCCUGAAGUUUUGAAGCUCAAUGAUUUAGCAUAGAUUUUAGCGUUCUGAUAUAAAAAUGCUGUUUAUUCAAUCAACUUACAUUUUCAUAUUAGUGCAUUAAGAAUUUUAUCAAAAUCCUGUUUAAUAUUGCUACAAUGUGGGCAGCUGUUAUGACACAUUUUUAAAGGAAAGAAUAAUUCUAGUCGUAUAAUUGUUUGACCUUAUUGUGACCAAUUUGACUAUUAGAACAUUAUUAACUAAUUAUUGAACACUAUUACCUAUUUAGUAAUGGCAAAUAACUUUUCAUUUUCAAUGUUUUAACGGGAUUUGUUUUUUAAAUUGUCUAUAAUUCAAAUAAGUAUGAUGAAUAUUAUUCUAAUUCUGAAUUUAGUAUCAGAACUCUCAGUGGAAAAACAACACACUGAAUAUUAGCUUAUUGUGAACCAGCUGAGAAAUGUUAAAUUUUAAAAACUUACUCUAAUUUAAAUUAUAAUUAGACAAGGAUAAAUAUCCAAUGAAAAUUUUAAUUGACUCUAUUAGUUGAGAAAUAUAUUUUUACAUUUUGUUUUAAAUAUGGAUGGCUUACUAUAAAGAACUAUCUUCUUUCAUUUUAAAUUGUUUUUGACUUAAAGGUUUUAUGGCUAAAUCUUUUAUGUCUAUUUUUAAUGUCACCAUCUGCUGUGUUUACUGAAUUACUAUACUUUUUUUUUUAAAUAACUUGCAUUAUAUAAUAAAUGUUGACUAUAAGUUUAUUUUGUAAAACAAUUAUUUGCAAAGUAAUAACACUUAUUUCACUAUAAGUUUUUGUUUUAGUGACAUACUUAAGAAAUGUGUAAAAAAUAAAUAUAUUUAAUCCUGUUCUUAAUUUUUUUUUAAAAAGCAUGAAUUUUAAUCCCGCUACAAUAUUUGCAGUGGUGAGGGUUAUCACAAGAAUUAUAAUGCAAACUCUGAAAGAUGACAAGCAAGAAUUCUAAAAGUUGACAGCUACACUAGCGUAAUCAAUAAAUGUGAUAAUUAUCAACCAAUAUCAGUGCAUAAUCUGAUAAUUGAGUAUUAAUCAAUCGAUAUCAAUGCACAGUCAAUCAAUUUAAUGCAUUGUUAACUCUAUUUUCUAUAAAAAUGUGUUGCUUUGUUUUAAAAUAAUUUUUAAUUAAAUUGCAUAUGAGAAUCGUGUUUAAGAGAAUUAUUUUUUUUACAAUAAUAUAUUUUAGGGUUACUAACUGCAGCGAUUUUGGUUAAAGCUACUUGGUCGUUUUAGUUUUUUUUUAAAAAUUACUUUAGAUUGUUUUACUUUCUAAUGCUACUUAAAUGUUUUGUUAUUUUUCUUUAUAAUUAAGUUUUUGUUUGUUAUAGUUUAGUUGGAUUGUUUAUCACAUUGAGAUCAUGUGGUUUUGAUCUAAAGUUGUAAGUUAUGAAACAGACAUGUAUUGUGUUUUUCUGAGAAUUUUCUUUAUAAUAUUUUUGAACAUCAGAAUUCAGGUCAUAAUAAAUAGCGCAUUUAUUUGUUGACGUAUAAUGUAUAUUUUAACUUAAGUUAAUAAAUAUGUUGAAUAAAC